AUGGAAGCGGCAUGGAAAGAGGGUAAUUAUACUGUGGCAGAGUUUAUGUCAAAAAAGAUCACAGGCGAUCAUCAACGUCUCGCCCUCCUACCUCCACACGACCGCGAACUUCUGGCGUACAAACUCCACCAAAUUGGUAAAUCACUGCUAAAGGAGCCAAGUGCUGAAGAUGGCACCAAGCCAGCCGAUGCGGUCGAGUGGUUGCAAAAGGCUUUCUCUAUGGCAGAUCAACUGGACGAUACAGCAGGUUCGGGGGUUGUGGAACUCAAGAUAUCUCUAUUACGCACGAUGGCUAGGGCAUAUUUUGUAUCGGAAUCCUACGAUCGUGCAGAGGCUGUUUUAAACGAGCUCCUGCCAACCAUAGACGCAUCUACAGAUCACGCAAGUUCCGAAUAUCAAGAACUACGGUGGCUGAGGCUGGCUGUUCUGAAGAGGAGGAAAGCUGGCGAUCCUGCUCUCCUUGAUGCUUUCAAAUCUAUUAUCGACCAUAUGGAAUGGACGGAACCUAAUAUCACAGAGUUGGUCUUCGAUUUCCAUGCGGACAUUACCUUGGGGGCAUACGCCCAUAUCUUCAGCGCCCUUGUUACCAACGUCAACUUGCACUGUCUAAGCCGUGCAUUGCGGCACCAUGAAUCCGAAACAGACCACGUCGACCGAUUGGUCUUGUCACUGAUAUUUCAUUGUUCCAAGGACGACGAUCAUGCAAGAGCGAUGAAAACCCUUGAAUCCACAUUCCUGAUCUGGCAAUAUGGGGGACGCCACUACAAGGCCAAGAGAUGGUCGGAAGCGGCAGAAUGGUAUAUUGCUGGCAGCCACCAACUGUUCAGAAGUCACGGUUUGUCAAGCAGCUCAAAGUGUUUCCGGAAGGCAGCACUCUGCUAUAUCGAAAAGAGAGAGUAUGCCCAUGCAUCCACGGUCAUCCGCCGUUGCCCCACCAAUGAAGCGACGACCCAUUAUGUCAUUUUUCUCACUGCUGUUCAUCAAGCGAUUCGAGCCAUAAAUGAUAUGCAGAAAGCUCCGGACUUCGACCGCAAGAUGUUAAUGCUAGCCACGCAGAUUUCUCAUCAGUCCGAGAUGCGAACUCUACUGCUUUCAGUGCUGGAAGGCCUUCUAAAGACCCUGAAGGUGGGGUCUAGUGGAGAUGUGGUGGUUCAAGCAAUGACGUUAAUUCGGUGUAUCGUCAAACUCAUCCUUCAACUCCUUGUUGAGCCUGUCGCAAACAGACCUCUUUUGAUUGACACCGUGGUAAAUCAUUACCGCACGGCCAGAAUCCUAACGGCAGCCGCGUCGGAGCAAAGAGCGGUAUCUCUAAUCUUCAAAGAUGUCUCAUGGUUGUGGCGGACGGCUUAUAAUUGCGCUGUCCAAGGGUGUUCGGAUUGGGAAAACGCUGGCGAACAGAUCUCAGAGCUUUUUGACAUCUCAAGAGAGCUAUUGGAAGCAUGCUGUAAUGCAUCGCCAGUAGAUGUCGAUUCGGAGUCGCGUUUACAUCUUGUGAAUGCCUCCUUUGCCGCAGUGUCUGGCCGGGUUUUCUCUGUUCGUGAGAUCGUCGUCUCGACAGGUGCCGUUGAUGUUGAGCGACUCCGUGUCAUUACUGCCGACAUUAAAACCUCCAAAGACCGAAUCACCGACAUCCUGAACAAGGCCAAGACAUUGGAUGAGGGUGAAGGCGAUCGCAUCCAAUACUUCCUCCAUACUCUGCGAGUUUUCGAAACUGAAUUUUUAGUUCACCUAAAAGAGUGGAAUCAGAUAUCCCAAAUCGUCCAGGAAAUAGUCAAGUCGGGGCCCCUGGCUGUCGACACGUAUGAAGCAAUUGCUGACAUACUGUGGGUGGAUAAAGACUGCCCCGUGAAUGGUAAGUACGCCACCUUGAUGUCGGCUGCGAUGGUGCCCAACUGA